UUUUCACUCGCUCAUUUUUUAUUCACUCAUUUAUGUGGACUGUACAAGUGCACCAAUGUAUGAAAUAGUUACUCGCGCGCGACGCCGAGAAUUUCUACCCAACAGUUAAAGCGGCUGUAUACGUCACGACAGCUGUAGGCUGCAGGGGUUCAGGGAGCAGUGUGUGUUUGUCCAGCAGCAGUGAACAACAAAGUUAACAAGUAGUGGGCUGUGAGACGAGUCACGAUGAAGGCAGUACUGCUUAGCGUUUCCGUCCUGCUCAUCUCCUACAUCUGUUUGAGUGAUCACAUUUGUACAUAUUGCGCUCUCGUGGUCUGCUUGGUGGUCUUGGUAAACGCCCUGCGCCAGACUGAAGAUGGCCUGUGGGAUGGAUUUGGCAGGGCAGUGCUGAUAACAGGCUGUGACAGUGGAUUUGGCCAUCACCUCGCCAAGAAACUGGACCGCAUGGGAUUCACCGUGUUUGCUGGAUGUUUGUGUCCUGAAGGUCCUGGAGCUCGAAGUCUCGUGGAGGAAAGCUCAAAGCGAGUGAAGAUCCUCCAGCUGGACGUGACCAAAGAGGAACACAUCCGCUCAGCCAAGGAUUUUGUGGAGGCAAACUUGCCAGUGAAAGGUCUGUAUGCCGUUGUGAACAAUGCUGGUGUCAGUGACUGGGGCGAGACGGAGUGGAGUACGGCCGAGGACUUCCAGAAGAUGGCGGAUGUGAAUCUGUUCGGUGCCAUCAGAGUCACCAUCCCAUUCCUGCCACUUGUUAGAGCUUCUAAAGGUCGUAUGUUGUAUGUGUCCAGUAUCUUUGCUUUCUUCAACUGUCUGAACAUGGGAGCCUACAGUGUUUCCAAACGGGGACUGGAAGCGUUUGCGGACUGCUUGAGAAUAGAGAUGGCCAGUUUUGGGGUUCAGGUCAGCAUCAUCCAACCUGGCAACUUUGGAGCAGCCACAAACAUUCUGCACAAGAAAACCCCCAAAGACAUUUGGGCUGAUUUUGAUGACGUGCGUAAACAAACAUUCAACCAGAAAUACAUAGAGGAAGCCUGUGAGUAUUUUUACUCCUUGUGUAAUUCAGGCUUUAAGGACUGCAGCAUGGUAAUAAACGCCAUGCUACACGCUCUCACCGCGGUAAAACCCCGACACCGGUACCUGCUGGUCUCCUGGACCGACCUGCUGUUUUUCCACAUGUGCCCUGCUCUGCCAUCAUUCAUCACUGAUUAUAUAUUUAAUAUUAGCUCCAUGUAUCACAAGCGCAAGGUAAUGCUUUACUCAGAGCAUGAGCUGAAUCACAACCAGAAUAUAGCAGCUCAGUAUACAUAGAAAUAUUAGAAUUCAACCGUACAUUUUACUGCUGCAUUUACUAACAUGAUGAAAAAUACAUUUAUUACAGUAUUUACUGAUGUUAGUUAAUGAA